UGAACCCCAACCCACCCGGGGUCACACCUCUGGGUCCCACCCCAGGGCAGCCAGAGCCCCCAAAUUUGGGGUAAGGAUGUGGUAUGACCCCCUUGUGUUUAACCAGGGCUGGUCUUCGUUUUUGGGGGGACACCUUCUAAGCUGGGACAGCCCCCCCGAUCAGUCUCCAGGCCCCCCAAGUUCCCCCAGGAACAUGGAUCUCCUUAGGACCAAGGGGAACUCCCGACUAGGCAACUCCCCUAGAGUUAGUUCCUUGUUCUAGCUCUUCUGUUCCCAUGCCUAGUAAGGUGCCCUAGGGCAGGGAUAAGAAGGGGGCCCAGAGGGGCUGUACCCCAGAAUAGCCACUGGUGCACUCCCCCGCUGGACACACUAGCAGAGACAGGUGUCGGGGGCUCAUAGCUGGAUUGGGGGGACAAUUGAGGUCAAAUAGCUGGACCUUAAAAGUGACCCCUGCUCUGCCCCAGAGAGAAAAGGGGAAGGGAAAACUGGGGAGCCCCCACACCCCAAAGAGGGGCAGCAGAUUUCCAGGACAAAGGUGGAUCCGGGAUCUGGCUGAUCACAGACAGAGGCGAGCAGGAGAAGGCAGGUCCCCGUCCACAUGAAGUUGCACGAAACCAGCGUCCUGGGCUAUUCCCGCAUGGCGGCGCCCCCCGACCGGCAGGGGCGGCUGUACAAGAAGAGCGAACGCACCAGCAGCUACCAGCGGCGCUGGUGCGAGCUGCGGGGGAACCUGCUCUUUUACUGGGAGCGGCAGGGGGACCGCGAGCCACUGGGGCUGAUCCUGCUGGAGGGCUGCACUGUGGAGCUACAGGAAUCUGCCACGGAGCCUUUCACCUUCGAGAUCUCCUAUACCCAGGGGCCACUGCGCCACCGGGCUUACAAGAUGGCUGCUGAAGACCAGGCUUCCAUGGAGGGCUGGGUGCGGGCUCUGAGCUCAGCGAGCUUCAAGUACCUGCAGGCCCUGUUGACAGAUCUGGAGGGACAGUACUGGGCCAGCGGGGCCCUCAGGGCGACACCACUGGAAGAGGGGGCUGCGCAGGGCAGCCCAUUGGUGUCAGCGGUGGGAUUGCCAGACUUUGAAGGGCUUCACCGCCAGUUCGGGGAGGAGAUGAUGAAACUGAGGGCGAGGUGGCGGGAGGGGAGAGCAGGAGGGGACCAGACAGCACAGGGGGACCUGAUUGAUUUGGAGUAGGGAGUGGGGAAAGGUGGCGAGCCAGAGCGGCUAGGGAAUCCACAUUCAUUGCCAUCGAAUAUAGGAGAAACUAUGGGGAACCCGGGGUGGGCAAGCAGGGGCUGCAUGUUGGGAUUAAGGGGCACCAGUCUUGGUGGUCUGGGGUGACUGGGAAAUGGGGAUAAAAUAUUUGCCAAAUAUUUACACUGUGAAGAUGCCUUUACAAUAAUAAAAUUGUUCUAUCCAG